AUGGCUUCCCUCUCUUUUUUCCUCUUCACAUUACUCCUCAUUUCUUCAAACACCAUUGCAACUCAAGAAAUGGAACAGCAAGAGCUUUUGGGGCUGUUUGAAGUUAUGGGUUCUCUCUUAAAUGACCAUGAUUGGCCUAAAGCCCACCCUUUUCCUUGUUCUGACACUCCAUGGCCUGGAGUUAAAUGUGAAAUUGGUCCAUCCCCUCCUUUCUUUCAUGUCACUAAGAUUCAUAUUGGCCCUGAUAUUCUAGACCCACCUUGCAAAAUAUCUGCUAAUUUAUCCGAUUCCUUGCUUAAGCUUCCUUAUUUGAAAUCACUUUCAAUCUUCAACUGUUUUACAUCUUCAUCAGUUGCUCUGUUUCCUGCUCUGUUUGAUUCCUUGCUCUAUUUAGAGCAUUUGUCUCUUCAAUCCAACCCUUCUCUUUCAGGGGAAAUCCCUUCAAGUUUAGGGAAUGCAGCAAGUUUAAGAGUUUUAAGUCUCUCUCAAAACAGUUUAAAUGGGGUGAUUCCACUAUCCAUUGGUGGGUUGGUGUGUUUGGAACAGCUUGAUCUCAGUUACAACAAGUUAAGUGGUGAAGUUCCUCAAUCCAUUGGUGGGUUGAAAAGUUUGAGCAUUUUGGACCUCAGUUGGAAUGCACUUGAAGGUGAGUUAACUUCUUCUUUAGGACAAUUACAACUCCUCCAAAAGAUUGAUCUGAGCUCAAAUCAACUUCGAGGGAAGAUACCCUUAAAUUUGGGGACGUUGAAGAGGUUAGUAUUGCUUGAUUUGAGCCACAACUUCAUAAAUGGGCCCAUCCCUAAAUCAUUUGAAGGGUUGAAGAAUUUGGAAUAUUUGAUAUUAGAUCACAAUCCUUUGAAUUCUUUGGUGCCAUUGUUUAUAGGAAGUCUUGAGAAGCUCAAAUCAAUAAGCUUAUCAGAAUGUAGAAUUGAAGGUUCAAUACCUAUGUCACUAUCUUCUUUGAAAACCCUCACUGCUCUGUCUUUAUCCCACAACAAUCUAAGUGGGGGAAUUCCAAAAGAAUUGGGGAAACUCCCCAACUUGGAUUUGUUGAACUUAAGCCACAAUCAAUUAAGUGGAGAGGUUUAUUUCACAAAUGGGUUCGUGAGAAAACUUGGGAAAAGAUUAGAUUUAAGAGGGAAUUAUGGGGUGUGUUGGAACAAUAAUAUGUCAGUUGAUUCUGAUGAUGAAACACCAUAUUGUUUGAAUAGCAAUGGAGGAACAAAAAAUGAGAGUGAAGAAGAUUAUAAGAAAAUACAACCAGCUUGGAACCAAUGGGAAGAUGAUAACAGCUCAACUACUACUAGAAGUAAUCAUCCAAGUUGGGACAAAAAUCUUUUGCUUUCCUUUUGUGCUUUUGUUGUUGAAGUUGUUUUGUGUUCUUGUUUGUUGUUGUAG